AUGAACACCUACAUCUGUCUGGCUUCAUGCCUUUUGGUGGCCGUGAGCGCUGCAGGUUAUGGAAGUGGAUCCGGAAAUGGAUUUGGUAAUGGCGGCGGAAAUGGAUUCGGAAACGGAAACGGUUACGGAAACGGCAAUGGCGCCGGAAAUGGAGGAUUUGGAUUUGGACGAUAUAGAAGAGCAGGAUACGGAGGUGGUGCCGGAAGUAUGGGCGGAGGAUUUGGUGGCUCUGGAAUGGGAGGAAAAGGUGGAUUCGGAGGAAUGAACGGCGGAGGAAUGAACGGCGGUGGAUUCGGAGGAAUGAACGGCGGUGGAAUGGGAGGAAUGAACGGCGGUGGAAUGGGAGGAAUGAACGGCGGUGGAAUGGGAGGCAAAGGAGGAUUCGGAGGAAUGAACGGCGGAGGAUUCGGAGGAAUGAACGGAGGCGGAUUCGGAGGAAUGAACGGCGGUGGAAUGGGAGGCAAAGGAGGAUUCGGAGGAAUGAACGGCGGUGGAUUCGGAGGAAUGAACGGAGGCGGAUUCGGAGGAAUGAACGGCGGUGGAAUGGGAGGUGGAAUGGGCGGUGGAAAAGUUUCUUUGGACCAGGAUAUUGUGGGCGAGGAUAGUGAUGGACAAUCAUGUAAAGCCAGGAAAAUAAAAUCCCAGAAUGAACACCUACAUCUCUGUGUGUCUGGCUUCAUGCCUUUUGGUGGCCGUUAUGGAAGUGGAUCCGGAAACGGAUUUGGUAAUGGCGGCGGAAAUGGAUAUGGAAACGGUUACGGAAAUGGCAAUGGCGCCGGAAAUGGUGGAUCUGGAUUUGGACGGUAUAGAAGAGCAGGAGGAGGAUACGAAGGUGGUGCAGGAAGUAUGGGCGGAGGUUUUAGUGGCUCAGGAAUGGGAGGCAAAGGUGGAUUUGGAGGCAUGAACGGAGGUGGAUUCGGAGGAAUGAACGGAGGCGGAUUCGGAGGAAUGAACGGCGGUGGAAUGGGAGGCAAAGGUGGAUUCGGAGGCAUGAACGGAGGUGGAUUUGGAGGCAUGAACGGAGGUGGAUUUGGAGGAAUGAACGGAGGUGGAUUUGGAGGAAUGAACGGAGGUGGAAUGGGAGGUGGAAAAGGGUACUAG